UCUGACAGAAUCACAGAUAACAAAACUUCUGACGUGACGUGUUUGAAUUUGGUAGCGCCGCAUAUGCGAUCGAUGUUGAUAUUUUUUUGAAUAAAAUUGCAUCAGAUUAUAGUUUAUAUACUACUGAAUAUUAAUCAACAAUUUACUGUAGCGUUACAGGGAUUGGACUAACAAUUCCACAAACCACAUAAUGGCUGAGGAACCAGUGAAUAAACCUACUGCUAAUGAGGAUGACGAUUUCGUCGACCCAUGGACCGUUUCUGGAAAGUCCGAGACGGGUAUCGACUAUGAUAAGCUAAUAAAGAGGUUUGGCAGUCAGAAGGUCGACGAUGAAAUUAUUCAGAGGUUUGAAAAAGUCACUGGGAAAAGAGCACAUCACUUUCUAAGGCGUGGAAUAUUUUUCUCUCACAGAGAUAUUCAUAAUAUCCUCAACUUGUAUGAGGCGGGCAAGAAAUUCUAUUUGUACACUGGUCGGGGUCCGUCUUCAGAGAGCAUGCACAUCGGACACAUGAUCCCUUUCAUUUUCACGAAAUGGCUCCAAGAUGUAUUUGAUGUCCCACUACUCAUUCAGCUGACUGAUGAUGAGAAGGUGUUGUGGAGGGACCUGAAGAUAGAAGAUGCUCGGAAGAUGGCCUUCGAUAAUGCCAAAGACAUUAUCGCUGUCGGCUUCGAUGUGGAGAAGACUUUCAUAUUCAAUAAUUUGGACUUUAUUGGCAAAUGUCCAGCAUUCUACCAGAACAUGGUGAGGAUACAGAAGUGUGUCACCUACAACCAGGUGAAGGGUAUCUUCGGCUUCGGAGACUCUGAUGUCAUCGGCAAGAUCACCUUCCCUUCCAUAGAGGCUGCUCCAGCCUUCUCAACCAGCUUUCCGUUUAUAUUUGAAAAUAAAGUCUUACCGUGCCUGGUACCCUGUGCCAUCGACCAGGAUCCUUACUUCCGCAUGACACGCGACGUGGCUGCUCGCCUGAAGUUGCCGAAGCCGUCCCUCAUCCAUUCCACGUUCCUGCCUGCGUUGCAAGGAGCUCAGCACAAAAUGUCUGCCAGCGACGCUAACACCUCUAUAUUCUUGAAUGAUAGCGCCAAACAUAUUAAGACUAAGAUAAACAAAUACGCAUUCUCAGGAGGUAGAACUACCGUAGAGGAACAUAGACUGAAGGGUGGCAACACUGACGUGGAUAUUUCAUACAAGUACCUUACCUUCUUCUUGGAGGACGACGACCGGCUAGCAGAGAUAAAGAAAGAAUAUGAAUCAGGCGUGAUGCUGACUGGUGAACUGAAGAGAGAAGCGAUCGAUGUGAUCACACCGUGGAUACAAGAGUACCAGAAACGUAGGGCGACGGUCACGGACGAAGUUGUAGAACAAUUCUUCAAGUUACGACCACUUAAGUUCUAAAAUAGCUGUGCAUAGUGCCUUGGUGGGCAAUCAAAGGUUACGAACCCUUGCUACGUUGGGUUGCGCCGUGUAAGUCAAAGUCACCGCCAUCUAUAUAGCAACACAUUUUUAAUUUGUAAGUCCCAUAUUGUUGCUUGUAAUAAGAUCGUGGCCGUCGUUCGUCGUCAUCGACGGCCGUUAGCCGUCUUUCCCAUGGGAUAAUAAGAAGUUUGUUAUUCCAGACCAUAAAGGGAUGACCAGAUAGUAGACCUGGGAUGAAAUUUAGAACAAGGGGGGGGGGUCUCUUUUCCAAAAUGACAUUUGAUACCUUUUGCCGUUUUGACGUGAAAGGGUAACAAAGACACAAAAAAAUUGGCAUAUUCUAUAAUAAUCUCCACUCUUGAUCUCUAUCAAAAAUAUUGUCUCUUAGUCGAGUCGUCAGAAACAGGAACACUCCAUAUUAAAGAACCCUAAGCGCUCUGGAGACAGUUUCAAAAGCCACAUAGUUUGCCCACCACUGCUAUAACCCUAUAUAUAUUACUAACUUUUACCUGCGGCUUCGCUCGCGUCACAAAAGGAUAAAAAGUAGCCUAUGUGACAUAUACAUAUACAUACAGC